AUGUCAACACAGGAUCUCAAAUCAAGCAUAUUGCAAGAAGCAACUAGAGCGCAAAAUGUUCAUCAUGCAGCUGAAGCAUUAAGGAUUGCCACCCAAUCUAGUCAUCAACAAAUGCAUAACCAACAUCAUGUUCAACAACUGCAAAUAGAGAAAGAACAAGGGAAUAACGGGCAUGAUUUUAGUGAAUAUGAUUUGAAAUCUCGGGAUUCUAAGUACAAAAGAUGGUCACCAAAAAUGGAUCAGUUUUUAAUAAAAUUAUUGUCGGAUGUGGUGCACAGCUACCCAAAAGGUGCGGAAGCAGAAAUGACAAAGAAGGCCUGGGCAUAUGUUACAGGACAAUUAAGAGCAGCUAAUCCUGAGACGGUAUAUUCUACGUACACCAAGUAUUCGUGUCAGCAACAUUUGUUUAAUGUGAACCAUCAUAGAUUUAAAAUCUGGUAUAUUUUGAUGCUUCAUCUGAAGAAUAAUCAAACUACUGAUGGAUACAGUUAUAGAUGGAAUCCAGAUGGUGGCAGAUUUCAGAUCAUUGAUAAUACCAAUGGGGGAAUUAUACAAGAUGAGCGUCAGAUCAAGUCUUUGCUUUAUAGUGAUAGCUUAUCGCUUCCAUCAUUGAGUUCGUUUAAUAAGGGGAAUUUGAUAGUUAAUGAUUUUUUCUUGACUGAUCAUCUAGGCUAUAUGUCUACAUACCACAAUGAGGUCUUACCGUUAUUAAUAAGGUUGGAUAGCAGGUAUGCAGAUGGGUUGGGCGAUCUUUAUCACGAGAUUCCAAAAUUUGACUACAGAGGCGCAAACGAUGAGUACUUCAAACCAUUAGUUCCUGCGAAGUCCAUAAAGUUAGGUACAAGUGAUGCAUCGAAAACGAAAAAGAGAACACAUUCCGAUUCUAAUCAUACUCAUGACCCUCAAGGUGAUGUGCCACUUUUCACCAAUAGCUUAUCAUCAAUGCAGCAUGAUCCAGACGUAGGUGAUGAGGAUACAGUUGACCCAGCAUUAAAAAGAUCUAGAAAUAUUAAUACACCUAACAAUAAUUCAAAUACAACGACAACAGAGUUUGAAAACGCAUUGGCGACAGCUGCUAUUGCUGCUAUUAAUACCCCUUCAGUAACCAAUGGUCGUGAUAUACAGCCAAUAUAUAUUAAGGACCGUAAAUGGUUUAAUAGGUUAGUAUCUUUGAACGAAUCUGGCCUUAUAACUCCUAAUGAAGUGUUGGUGGUUUGUGAAGGAGUCAGAGAUGGUAAAAUACCUUUGUUUAUGUUAAAUAUUUUAGAUCAAAGUUACUAUCCUACAAGAAAUGCGGAAGAUAUUACUCCCGAUGAAACACCAGAUGAAGAAGCUGCAAAGAAGAUUAGAGAGUUCAUGUUGCCCAUGACAUUCAAUUCCUAA